GGAGUGGGGAGGCUGUGCUUCUUUUCCUUGCCUCAGAUGGCAGGGUGGUGUUUGUCCCUGGACAGACACAUCAGCCAAGUCUUUUCUCUCCUGCUCUGUGGGUUUUGGCCCCAGCAGUCAUCACAUUGCCUCCCCUCCUCUCUCCACUCUUGGCCCUGCCUCCUUCCUCUGCCUUCACAACCCUGGACACAGUACACACAGCUCAGAGGCUCGGCUAGAAGGGAAACAGAAGGAGCUGCCUGGGUUCCCAUGGCCAUGGCCAGCACCUGCACACCGGGACUCAACCCUCAGAAUACUCAUUAUAUCCCAGGGUAUACCGGACACUGUCCACUGCUUCGGUUCAGCAUGGGCCAGACCUACAGUCAGGUGACUGGUCAGCUACUUCAAGGCCCUCCUGGCCUGGCCUGGCCACCUACCCACCGCACACUUCUGCCUCCCAUCCGGCCUCCAAGAUCUCCUGAGCUUUCUAGGCGGAGCCUACCCACUAGGUGCAGGCACAGAAGGCUGGGUUCCACCAUGAUCCCUGGGUAUACAGGCUUUGUACCCCAGGCACAGUUCAUCUUUGCCAAGAACUGCAGCCAGGUCUGGGCUGAGGCUCUGAACGAUUUUACUCCGUGGCACGGGGAACAAGGGAGUCAAGAACUGCCACAGGAAGCCAAGGGAGACAAAGACAAAGAGCCAAAGUCAGAGUCAGAGUUGGCAGUGGAAGGGGAGACAGAGCUGAAGCUGGAGGUGGAACAAAUGAAAACAAAGGUUUUACCCUAUUCCAUGGAUGACACAGACCCCCAGAAGUUCUUCAUGUCAGGCUUCACUGGCUAUGUGCCCGGUGCCCGCUUCCUCUUUGGCUCCAGCUUUCCUGUGCUCACCAACCAGGCACUGCAGGAAUUUGGGCAGAAGUACUCCAAGGGCAAUGCCCAGCAAGACCCCAAACCUUUCCCCCUACUUCCCAGGACCUACCUUCAGAACCUGGGUCUCCUACCUCACUAUGGGGGCUAUGUGCCAGGGUAUAAGUUCCAGUUUGGCCACACAUUUGGGCAUCUCACCCACGAUGCUUUGGGCCUGAGCAGCUCCCAAAAACAGCUCCUGGUUUAGGUACCUGGUCUUCAAGGUCUUUCCUUUUCACCCUAUCCCAGCCAUCUCUUGGAAGGGAGAGGUGGGCAUGAGGGUGAUAGUGGGGGCAAAAAGAAAAUGGUUUGGA